AUGAGCAGCAACAUAUAUACUUUAACCUAAACUGUAUAGUAACCUGCUUAAACAGUUAUUUUUUUGAAGGAUCAAGACCCUAUAGAAGAAGAAUAAAAGAUAUAGGAAACAGAUAAAAAGAAAAAAAAGCCCACUAGGAAAAUUUAAUGGCAAGAAGAUACAAUCGAUAAUGAACAUUUAGGUCGUUUGAAAUCUAAUGUUUGUUGCAUUUAUCAUAAACCUAAAGAUGCUGAAAAUCCUAGCAGUGGAACUUGUACAAGUGAUGAUGAUGGUAAUGCACUUGAUAGAGAUAGAAUAACUAAAAAAAGACACAAAAAGAAAUGCUCUAAAUUUGAAUAAUAAAAAGAAGAAGGAGAUAUAAAUCAAGGAAGUGGUGGCUGCGGUCAUCACCAUCACCAUCAUCACAAUCAUAGCAAUGGAAAUGAUUAAAACCAUCAGCAUUGA